AUGAAGCGAAUCACAGUACUUAUAUCAGGCUCAGGCUCCAACCUCCAAGCGCUCAUAGACGCCUCGCAGUCCCCGCGGCUACCAGGGCAAAUCACCUUCGUCCUCUCUUCCCGGUCCAACGCCUAUGGCCUCACCCGAGCCUCAAACGCUGGCAUCCCUACCUCCAUCUGCGCCCUCAAAACCUACCUCACCAAGAACCCCGGCUCUACGAGAGUAGAAUACGAUGCCGAAGUCGCCAAGCGGGUCAUGGAGAGCCGGCCCGACCUCGUCGUUCUCGCUGGGUGGAUGCACAUCCUCUCGCCGGCGUUCCUAGACGCUAUACACGUACCGAUCAUCAAUCUCCAUCCGGCGCUUCCAGGGGCGUUUGACGGGGCGAACGCGAUAGGGCGGGCGUAUGAGGCGUUUGGGAAAGGAGAGGUCAAGGGGACAGGGGCGAUGGUGCAUCGUGUAGUGAAAGAGGUGGAUAGGGGGGAACCGCUCGUUGUGAGGGAGGUGGAGAUCAAAAAGGGAGAGACAUUAGAAGAGCUGGAAACGAGAAUACAUGAGGUCGAGCACGAGAUUAUCGUUGAAGGAGCGAGAAUAGCGUUAGAUGCAUAA